AUGAAAUUGUAUCAAACUGAUAAUCUAUCAAGAGAUUCAAACGAAAACUCUCCAGCAAAAACAGCUUUAUUUGCAAUGUUGCCCAAUCCCAACGAGAUCAUGCUACCAGUUGAGGACACAAAAAUUGACAGCAAAUCAAAUGCUGAUGAUAUAAACAAUGAUGCAGACGAAUUAGAGUGCUACAACGAUAUCAUUAACCAUCUCCAUGAACUUUUACCAGAAUCUACUUCUAUUGAAAUUGAUGAUUCAACCAUAAUUAACAAUUCGUGCAAACAAUUAAAAUCUGUGCUAAGAUCUGAAAUACAUGAUAACAACAACGAUACAUUUCAAGCAAUUAAAAGAUUUGAGAACUCCAAAAUCAUAUCGAGCAUGAUUUGA